AUGAGAAAUUUGGAAACUCUAGUGGUAUUCAGGAGUUGUUUUGUUGACCAAGGCGAUAUGCUGUUUCGGGUGCGUGAUCCGAUGCCUGCCGUUUUUUUCUUCCUCAUUGAUGUAUCCAUGAAUGCCAUCCAGACUGGUGCAACUGCUGCAGCUUGCAGUGCAAUCAGCCAAGUUAUUGCUGAUCUACCUGAAGGUCUGCGAACAAUGGUGGGCAUUGCUACAUUUGAUUUGACCAUCCAUUUUUACAAUCUGAAACGUGCACUACAGCAGCCUUUGAUGCUUAUAGUUCCUGAUGUACAUGAUGUUUACACUCCUCUCCAAACAGAUGUUAUCGUUCCACUUUCUGAGUGCCGUCAACAUCUAGAGUUAUUGCUAGAGAACAUCCCAACUAUGUUUCAGGACAACAGAACUGCUGAUUCAGCCUUUGGUGCAGCUGUGCAGAACUUCUUAUGCAGCAAGGAGAUAUUGCAUAAAUCUUUCCAGGAGUAUUCUUGUCCUUCAACUGUGUGUAUAUUUGUGUCUGCUAUAUCAUGCAAAAUUGUCCGAAGUGUCUAUAUAAUCAAGUGGUCAUUGGCUCAAGAAUUAGUGAAAUAUGCAAAUGAUCAAGAAUUUGAGAAAUAUGCAGCUUACUAA